AUGGAUGACGGCUCUUUACAGAAACCUGGAAUGGGCAGGACUGCCGUCAUGAGCCUGACGUCCAUUGUCUUGCUUGUGUCGCUGCUUGUCUGUCCUGCCCGCGCUGCGAUUCCAUACUCGCCAUCCCAUAUCCUCUAUACCCCCCACUACAACGGUUCUUUUGCCUACUUACUGCGGCCCAGUGACUUGCAGCAGAAUGCCACUCAGUUCCUUUCGUUGAACGUCUCAGGAAAGGUCGAUGCAGCCAGCCCAGAAUACACGGUUCUUCUAGAUGAGCUGCCCUUCCGCACUGACAACCAGUCCUCUGCCUUUGUUCCGGCUAUUGAUCAACGUGGUCACAUCAAGGUCUACGGCGGGGACUGCCGCCAAUCGCUCCAACAAGGAAGGCUUUGGGUGUUCACACCAAGUGUCAACAACUCGAGCGGCAAUGGAACGUGGGAAAAGCGCGGUCUAGACUUGGGGCAAAGGGGGCCAGGAGUCAACAAUUACGGACCCAACUAUCUGUCUGCCGCCUUCGCCUGGGCCUCUUCUAAUAUGACGGAGAGCUUGCUGUAUACCUUCGGUGGCAUGUGUCCGUUCAAUGCGAGCUCGAAAGCAACCUGGAUCUAUGCCGCCAACUAUUCCCAGUCCACGAUCGUCCUGAGUCCUCCGACCUCUGACCGUAUCACUUCGUAUCGGAUAUCAACCGCUGGCCAGCGCGCACCACCUAUCCCGGAGGCGGGUUUCACAAUUACUCCAUUGCAACCCACCUACGCAUUGUCUCCUUUAGGUCGAACACUACAUCAACAGAACUUUCUCUUCAUCGGGGGUCACACCCAGAAAGCCUUCAUUAACAUGUCCGAGCUUGCCAUCUAUUCUCUUCCGCAGGACAGCUGGAGCUUCGUCGCAGUCGACUCAGGGUUGGAUGCGCAAAAAACCGAGCUUGCGGUUCGAGAUUCAGCAUUCGUCGAGCCAAGGUCGGGACACACGGCCGUUCUCUCACCGGACGGUAGCAAGGUCAUCGUCUUCGGAGGAUGGGUGGGCAGUACCGGUCGACCUGCUAAUCCGCAACUGGCUAUAUUGGAGAUGGGAGAAGAGUAUGGAGGCACUGGCUCAUGGCGGUGGGUGGUCCCAUCUAACCAAGGAAGUGGACUCUCAGACGGAGCCGGGAUCUAUGGUCAUGGAGCAGCAAUGCUUCCUGGCGGUGUGAUGAUGAUCGCCGGCGGGUACAGCACUUCCACAACAACGAAGCGGUCGGCAGCAGGGCCUCAGCCUAACUCCCGACUCUUUCUAUACAAUGUUACGUCUGGAAGCUGGUUGACUUCAUAUAGGAAUCCGAGCCUGCCAGAAUCCGUAGGAGCCUCUGGCGGCUCCACGUCUUCAUUGUCGAAAAAGGCCGGGCUGGGUGCAGGACUCGGACUGGGAAUUCCGUCAGCUGCAGGCUUGGCUGUGCUUGCUUGGUUCUACUGGCGGAGACGUCGUCUACGGCGGACUCGGGAUCGCGAACUGCGCAAGCUCGCUCUCAGUGCACAAAGGGCACACUACUGGGGCAGGGACGAACCUGAUAUGGCGAGCAGCAUCCGCAUGCCCAAGACCAGGGACCCGAAUAGGACCUUCUCAUGGACUAGCGCUGGAAGUCAGAACGGCCAGGACAAAGGGGAAGCUGCUGCGGAGAGUACUAGCCUGCUUCGUGACAUCCCGGCCCCCAAUAGAAACAGCCAACAGAGCUUGGGAAUGCGCCCUUACCGAUAUUCAGGGCCAUACAGCGAGUACAGAAGAAGCGACGCUGCAGGUGAAAUACAUCCAAUCGACGAACGUGAUGAGGAGGAAACAAAUUCUCGAGAGUUCGGCGACCCCAAGACUGCUGCGGCAUCUGAAUCAUUCUUAGGCGCUGAAUUUGUGACUCCUCGCAGUACAAUGUCGAAUUCACUCGGGAUUCCAUACCGAACUGUUAGGGCUGAACCCGCAGAGGAGCCACGCAAAGACGGACUUAUGCCCUCAGACCAGGACGAGCGCACGUCGUCGAAUCUUUCAGACUCGUCAACAUCAGCUAGAUCUGGCAGUAGUGCUCCUCCUCUCCAAGGGCCACUCCUCAGCCCUACAACUUUGCCAGAUAAUGGACGCGAUUCGCCAGAAAUGCCACCCUCGACGUCCACUCAUGGUACAGGACUGUCCAGAGAGAAGCGCUACUCCUCGGACUCCUACUCUACCGCGCACACGACCCUUUCGCUACGUUGGGCCGAGGGGGAGCACCUUUUAAAAAAUGAUCCUGAGCCACACGUUCCAACUGAGCGACCCUCCAUGAUGCCACUGCAGACUCCCAAGACACGGACGUCUGGCUGGAUGGGCAGCGUGCGUCGUGUGCUUUCCGGAACGCAGAAGCGUGUUACAGCGAUACGAGACUCGACGACAGCCUCUCUGGCCUCGGGCAUCGACCGGAGGAGUACGGUCCUCGGAGCUAGGCGGGUGGAUGGUGCGCAGAAUGAGUCGAAAGUCCCACGACGAGCCGUGAGUGCCUCGGCCGAGCUCUUCAGACGAAAACAGGGCGCCAGAGAUUGGGGAGCAAGCAAUCGAGUGUCACGGGAUACCGGGCUUCAGACCAUCAGGUCUUCUCGGGAUGACUUGGCGUUGGACGGUCUGAUAGGUUUGGACGAUGAGGACUGGGACGUCGAGGGCGCAGCCGAGGGCAGACGGGUUCAAAUGACAUUCACCGUUCCCAAGGAGAGAUUGAGAGUGGUUAAUGCCACCGCCGAAGACCUGGAAAACAUGUCUGAGAAGUCUAUCAGUCGAAGUAACAGCGGAGCAUGA